AACAGCAUCAGUUUCCUCUUCAGAGAGGAAGAGAAUCACACUGAGGAGAUGGGAGCGGAGAGUCGCGGCCCUUAUUAAACUCCUUUUAAUAAUAAAACUUCGCAAUUUUUGAGGGAUAUCUCUGGUUGGUAGAAGAUCCAGCGGCCCGGGCCUCAGUCCGCGGUCUUGAGUUGAUCAGCCAUCCGACAUCACAGCGAUUGAGUCGGUGUGAAGAGCGCAGCCUCGACGCAAAGUAUGGGGGACAGCAGAGAUUCCCGCAGUCCAGACAGCUCAUCCGUGUCCUCACCACCUUCAGGCCAGCGUACGCCACCACUGGCCCCAUCAGCUGCCGCCAUGACCUCCCUGCCACCCAUGACAUCAACAGUGAACAGUCCCAUCAGCAGCAUGGGCUCGCCCUUCUCCGUCAUCAGCUCCUCUCUGGGCUCUCCCUGCCUCCCUGGAACUCCUUCUGUGGGCUAUGGCCCAAUCAGCAGCCCACAGAUGAGCAUGUUUUCCAGAAACACAGAGAUCAACUCCACCGUGUCGAUGUCAGGCCUGCACGCCGUCAGCAGCUCUGAUGACGUGAAGCCACCAUUUGGUUUGAAGCCACUGUCGGCCCACAGCCCUGGACCCAUGGUCUCACAGAAACGUUUAUGUGCUAUCUGUGGGGAUCGCUCCUCUGGUAAGCACUAUGGUGUGUACAGCUGCGAGGGCUGCAAGGGCUUUUUCAAGCGUACUGUGAGGAAGGACUUGAGUUACACAUGCAGAGACAACAAGGACUGCCUGGUGGACAAACGCCAGAGGAACCGCUGCCAGUACUGCCGCUACCAGAAGUGCCUGGCCAUGGGGAUGAAGAGAGAGGCCGUUCAGGAGGAGCGUCAGAGGAAUAAGGAGCGGGAAGGAGAGGUGGAGUCCACCAGUGCUGCAAACGAAGAGAUGCCAGUGGAGAAGAUUCUGGAAGCAGAGAUGGCUGUGGAGCAGAAGACUGAGCUACAUGCAGACGGCAGCUCAGGGGGAAGCUCUCCUAAUGACCCGGUCACUAAUAUCUGCCAGGCUGCUGAUAAACAGCUGUUUACUUUGGUGGAAUGGGCAAAACGGAUCCCUCACUUCAGUGAGCUGUCCCUGGAUGACCAGGUCAUCCUUCUGCGUGCUGGCUGGAACGAGCUGUUGAUCGCCUCAUUCUCUCAUCGCUCCAUCACAGUGAAGGAUGGCAUUCUGCUGGCCACUGGCCUCCACGUGCACAGGAACAGUGCUCACAGCGCUGGGGUGGGAGCCAUCUUUGACAGGGAGAGUGCGCACAAUGCAGAGGUUGGGGCCAUAUUCGACAGAGUUCUGACAGAACUGGUGAGCAAGAUGAGGGACAUGCAGAUGGAUAAAACAGAGUUGGGCUGCCUGAGAGCCAUCAUCCUUUUCAAUCCAGAUGCAAAAGGAUUGUCGAGCCCCAGUGAAGUGGAGUUACUGAGAGAGAAGGUCUAUGCAUCACUGGAGGCUUAUUGUAAACAGAGAUAUCCUGACCAGCAGGGCAGGUUUGCCAAGCUCCUCCUCAGGCUCCCAGCGCUGCGCUCCAUUGGCUUGAAGUGCCUAGAGCACCUGUUCUUCUUCAAGCUAAUCGGCGACACCCCAAUCGAUACCUUCUUAAUGGAGAUGCUUGAAGCUCCUCAUCAGCUCACCUAAUCUGGACCAGUCUUGAUCCAGUUCUAUCCGGUUUGCACCAGGGUAUUGCAGUCCCCCCCCCGGGGCUCUGGGGCUUUACUGUGUCUCACAUCCCAUUAACACCUUCCCACAGUUCUUCCCCAGUUGCCCCUUGCUGCACCUUCCAACCAGUAUAGCCCCGAAAAAGACUUUAAAACUGUCCUGAAAAAAGAAAAUGUGUUUUCCAUGUGAAGUUUUACACAGUAUGAGAUGUUCAGAGAGAUUAUUUUUCAAAUUCCUUGCAGGUUCUAAAAGUAUCAUAAGCUUCAAAGACUUCCAGUUUUAGAACUCUCAUAUUGAUUCUAGAGAUCUUUGUGUGUCGUUUUGGUUUGUAUGUUACUCUGAAUGCACGAACUGUUCAUUUGCGUUUGUUAAUGCAGUUAGACAGCCUGCCGGCUGUACACAGUGCAUGUGUGACUGGGGUGAGAAUUUCAUCCUGCGUGCCCAUUGGCUGGUACGAAUCAAGUUAUGCCAGACCCGCCCCUUUGUAUAGUCCCACAAUGUAAUGUGACUGUGGAAUACUGCUAACUUGCUAUCUUUGGGCUUUAACCUUGAAUUCAUACUUUGUACUGUACUCAUGAAAUGAGUCCAAUUUAUAAAUGGCAUUGCGGCAUCUGGCCGGGGUUUUACAUUUGUGAAUAUAAAUGUAUGCAAGUUUUCAAUUGUUGGACAUGAAUUUUUGAUCAUGUUCCAAAGGAUGGCCUCAAGGCAGAGAUGGAAUCUCGCAGGAAAAUCCUGCUUUUUUUUUUUUUUUUUUGUGGCAAUAGGAAGGUUUUCGUGUUUUAUCAUAAUUUUAGUUUUGCUCUUUUAAUGGGGAAUUACGUUGGAAGAGGUUGUGGCACCUUCUAGAGGACCUUGUACCUUUCUCAUUCUCCAAGUCCCAAUGGUCAGUUUCUUUCCUUCACAACUUUAAUUCCUGAAAUGGGAACCAAUCCCCCCCCCCCCCAAAAGACUAAUAUUUAUGAAGUUUGUGUAUGUGUGUGCUGUGAUGUAUUAAUAUGUCCAACCACUCUUGUCCUUUUCCACAUGAUCGGUGUAGCAGGCCUUUUUGUUUUGUGUUCAAUCACCAAAAUCACAAAGUCAUCAGGCUCCUCUGGAAUGAACUGUACUAAUGUUGACAUGGAAAACAACAAAGGUGGUUCUAGUUUGUGUAACAUGUUGGGUCGGCCCUGCAUUGACCAUUGAGGUAUUACUUUAUAAAAGGACCUUCUAUAUUCCAUCUGUACAGGUUGCAAUGCCUCCUCAAUGCAGCUAACUGAACCCCUGAACCAUGCAACUUAAACAUGCAUUUGUCUUAUUCAGGAGGGACCGAUGCCACCACGGUCAUGUUUGAAUUACGCCGUCAGUCUGAAAGGCAGAACAGUGACUCUCACGAAACAUCAAGAAAAGGUCAUGGUCCUGUGUUACUCCAAAAUCAAAGCAAACAAAUAUUGUAUUUUGCAAAUAGAAAAUUAAGCCUAUUUUUAGAGCCUUUAAAAAUGUUUUACAUAGUGAUAUUUUCAUGACAGUUGCACACAUUUUCCCCCCAAAUCCUCAUUACUGCAAUGCAAAAAAAGGUGGUCAUUAUGUUACUCAUUACCGCAACUUGUAGUAUUACCUUGGUAUUGCCUUGCGUUUCCUCUGACUUUAAUAUAAAAAAUAUCACAGUCCAACAGCAUCUUUUUUUUUUUUACUGUAAAACAUUAAAGAACAUGGUUGUGUACAGUAAUGAGUAUCAUCAUUGUGAAACAAUGUGAAUAGUAAAAGUAAAAUGUCCAAAUGCGCUAUUAUAAUGAGAAUUGGGGGGUAAAUGUGCAUAAGUGUCCUUAAAAGGAUGUCAAAAGAUCUAAAUGGUCCACAAUGGAUGAUGAUGAUUCUCAUUACUGUAACACAUUCAUGUUUUUACUGUAUUGCAGUAAAAAAAGAUUCUGUUUUUUAAAUGCAAAAAAAUAUAUCUUGUAUUGACUUUGGGUUAAAUAUGACCAGGGCAUUUUCAUGAUUGGUUUUGUGAGAAUAAUCCAGAAGUGUCCAAAAACCAGCAUUGAAUACAAUCUCUAUGCAUUUAUGUGGGAGGUGAUGGGUGUAGAAUAAUAUUCUUGCCAUUUAAACAAGAUAUUCAGUUCAGCAAAUGCACCAGUAUUGAUGGUGGGUACUACAGUAUUGUGAAAUAUAACUGUUGGUUUGUCAGGUGCUCAGACCAAAACCAAUCUAUUUAAGUACUUGUAGAUAGUGACUUGAGAUCAAAUACUGACAAUAUGUGAGGAUUCUAUACAAUAUAAUAGUUAGAGAUGGCAAGUGGUCCCACCUGUUUUGGUGCUAACAACAACAGUUAGACAUAAGUAUCAACACCAAUAUAAACAUAUACACCAGUGCAUGGCAUACACUUGACCACUGGUCAAAAUAUGCAAUGACACCGUUCUCAAAUAUGCUUUUUUCAUAUAAACGCCCAUUUCUAGCUAACACACCAUCUACUGCGUAAUGGUUUAAAAGUAGCUUCAAAAUACAUGCAGAUUCCUAUUUGAACUCUUUUACAAAUGUUUUAUACAUAAAUAAGGUGCUUAAUUUUCCUGUUGCAAGUUAAAUCAUAUGCAGAACUCUGCCAGAUUUGUGCACUAGCCACAUAGUUUUUAGCUUGCACAUGAAUUUGAAAAUCUGAUGAGAUGUUUACCAUUGAUGUGUUGUGACUGAAUCCAGACUUCAAAUUAAAGCUUUGUUCCUUUUGAACUAUUGUUGCCCCCUUGCAUCCCUUCACUGCUUUAAUGUUUUAUUUUGGACCAGUGGUAGUAAGGAUUGUUGUGGUCAUUUCAUUGUAUUCCACUCCCGACCUCAGGUUCUCUAUCGUUGGCAUCCCAGUAGUUUAGGUUUGCCAAGAGUUUUGUGUAUUCUGUUGAACGUUAAAUCUACACAAGUUCCAUUAAUCCAGAAAUUGAAGCUAAUGCAUUUGGUGCUGAUGGUCUGCUCUAUAUCUGAACAGUGGGAAGGCUCUUUUGAUGUGCACUGUAUGCUUGUUUUUACGUCUGGGCAACUCCAGCCACACCAGGGUUGCCAGUCAAUCUUUUGUGUGUGUGUGUGUGUGUGUGUGUGUUUGCAUCAUUGCAAAAUAAGUCCUGUUUUUUGUGUCAAAGAUGCAUAAAGGCACUCAGUGGAGUUCCUGUAUGGUGAAAUAAAUCACUGAUGUAUAACAUUUUCCUUGAAAUGGUGUGCAAUGGCCCUGUCUUCUAUUACUUGAUUGUGGUUUAUCACAGUAAUACACCAUGAUCUUGCGUUUUCAAAUGGCCAACCCAACUUUUCUUUUUGGGUCCACCUUUUUUUUUUCCUCUUCCCAAAAUUUUACUUUUUUCAUGAUCAUAUAUAUUUUAACAGCACUCUAAAUUCAUUUAGGGUUGCAAAGUAUUCAUGAAAAUGAAUACAAGGCUUGUAAAAAAAAAUUCUUUAUUUUUAAAAAAAAAGUUUUUUUUAUACAAUUUUCUGUCUUGCAACAACGGGCCCUAACCCCUGAACACCCAUGAUGCACCUGAAAUGAAUGCAGCACUGCCAAACCAGUGUGAGGGGGGGGCUUGGUUGACUGUGUACUGUGAUGAUCACUUCACAGAUCCUGUUUGCAACUAUUUAUUCAGAGCUGAGCAAAUUUAAACAAGUAAAAAAAUCCAGAGGGUUGUGUAUUUGAAGCCAAGUGGUGCUCUGAAAUAUGCACAGUGCAAACUUGAAUUAAUCUCUGCUUGAGAAUGAAACGGUUAUGCACGUUACAGUCUGAGAGCUGAUUUUUUAUUUUUUUAUUUGUUGUGAGUUAUCGGUGAAUGUUUGCUACAUAAAGAUGCGUGAGUGAAGUGGACACAUUUAUGUGUUGAAUGGGGAAAUCUCAAGAAACCUGUUAAAAACAUUUCUGGGUUGUAUUUCACCCCAAACUCCAUUUUAUUGUAUUGAUAUUAUUUUUAUGACAUGAUUAAGCACCCCCAUCCCUUAUUCUCAUUACAGUACAAAUAUAUUGUUUAAACUGUAAAGUAUUUAUACAUCAUUGUAUAGUAUUUGUGCUGCCUUUAUGCUGCUUGAACAAAUCAUUGUAUUAUGGUAGUUACUUUUACUUCAAUAUCAGUAAAUUACUGUUACAGUAAUGAGACCACCAUUGAGAAUGAUAGGAAUUACAAAUAUAUAUAUAUAAAAUUGGAGGGAGAAUGUGAAAAUGCAAAAAAAAAAAUAAAAAAAAUAAUAAUAAUAAUAAUCCAAAUGUUCCCAAAUUCAUUCUUAUGCAAAACUUUUUUUGUUAUUAUUUUGGCAUGGGGUGAAAUGUGACCUGGACAUGUUUUCAUGAGAUUCACCCAUACAAGGACAUGUUGAAGGAGGGCUGUAAAACUAUUGAUUUAAUGGGAGACUAUUACUUUAUUAAUAUACUCCCACCUUAAAGAAAAAAAAAACAACAUAUUGCUUCUCACUUUGUUUUCUGGCUGCUGUUUUCUUACGCUUUACAUCUUUGUGUAUUAGUGAUGUAUUAGUGUAAAAUCUGUUCUGUUAUUUGGGGUCUUUUCCCCACACACACCCUUCCCUCUUCAUUUUUCAUGUCAAGAUUUCAAAUCUGUCUCCAGCAUUUGUGGAAAUAAAUGACUGUAUUGAGUGCGAAGAAAGUAAAUUUUUUAUUUGCUCUUGUCAGUCAAUUCAGAAUCUGUUAUGAUUGAUGUACCAUGUGUAAGUAAAUGGUUUAAUACUG